GUGAAAAAGGGCCUGAUGCUUUGUGCUAAUCUCAGCACCUGCCGCUGAACACGCUCGCUCGCACGCACGCACGCACGCAUGGCGUCUGAGCCAUCCGCCGCGAGUGGGCAGGAGGAGCUACAAAGGAGAGCCAAUCAGGUGACAGAUGAGUCACUGGAGAGCACGCGCAGGAUGAUGCAGCUGGUGGAGGAGAGCAAAGACGCCGGCAUCCGAGCAUUGGUCAUGUUGGAUGAACAAGGAGAGCAGCUGGAGCGUAUCGAAGAAGGUUUGGAUCAGAUCGACUCGGACAUGAAGGAAGCUGAGAAAAACCUGACCGACUUGGCCAAAUGUUGCGGCCUGUGCUCUUGUGACAAACUCGAGGCUUUGGAGGAAAGCGCCGCCUACAAGGCGCUUUGGGGCGGCAGCGGCGGCUCGGGAGCGGACGGGGUGGUGUCGGGUCAGCCGUCGUCCCGAGUGGUGGACGAGCGCGAGCAGAUGAUUAUGAGCGGAGGAUACAUCCGAAGGGUGACGCAGGACGCCCGCGAGGACGAGAUGAACGACAACCUGACGCACGUGGGCAGCAUCGUGGGCAACCUGAGGUGCAUGGCGCUGGACAUGGGCAGCGAGAUCGACUCGCAGAACGUGCAGAUAGAGCGCGUGCGGACAAAGGCCGUUGUGAACGUGACGCGCAUCGACACGGCCAACCAGAAAGCCAACAAUCUCAUGAAAAGAUGAGACGACGACGGAGCGCCCGCCCGCCGGCCCACCGGCCCACCGGCCGUUGACAACGUUCUCUCCUUCACCAACCAACCAACCACCAGUGUCCAAUAAAGCGCACCGAGACUCCA